AUGUUUACCGAGAAAGAAGUCCGUGUGCAGUUGUUGUUGGCUUUCUUCUUCGUAGCUGCACUUACUUACCAAGACGUUGAAGGUAUAAAAGAGAAUAUUCAUCGCUGUAUUUUGUUUUUACACUUAUUUUUAUUUUUUGACUUUUUUGUAUUUCCCAGCGCUGAGUAUCAAAACUGGAAUAUGCAAUUUCACCAUUACUACUCCUGGUCUGUUUGCGUGUGAAAAGGUUUCCUUUGAGAAUUCUUUCAAUGGCGGGCAGGAUGUGAAAGUUUUCGUUUCCAAAAACCACGCAACAAACAGUUAUAGUGGUGGAGAUGGCGCGGCUAUUUGGGUGGAAUCUGUGGAUAAUAAAGAAUUUACGGUUUGUGUUUUGGAGUACGGAGAUGGUUCUAGUGGGACUACGAAAGUGAACUGGAUGGCGCUGCGAUCUGCUCCUGUUGGCGCUCAACUAGACACCGUCUCGUUGGAUUCUUGGUCCACUGGAGAAAAGUGUAAAAGGAUCGCCUUUGAAAAGGUUAACAUUUAUACAUCUUUAAAAAGGUUUACUUAUCUUCAUAUUUUUUUGCUAAUUUUUGCUUUAAAAAAUUUAGUGAGAAAGUCGAUAUUUCGAUUCCUUUUGUUUCUACGUGGCCAAGUUCAUAAUAAUCGUUAUAUUUACAAAUUCUGUGUUUAAUUCGUAGUUCUUAGUUUUUCAUCUGCAAAAAUUCUACCCAGUUUGCUUCUUUCAAGUUCAGAAUGAUUUUCUUCUAUCUCACUUCCCUCGUUUUAUAUCAUAUCCUUGUUUGUGUGAAGAAGAAAUGUUAUUGAUUAUAUUUAUUUCGUUCUCUCUUACUUUUUCAGCGUUUCUCAAUUCCUCCGAGCAUCUAUGUAACAGUUCGUCACCAAAUUCUCAAGAGACCUCAGGACGCCUUGGCAUUGUGGGUAGAGGAUGUACGCAGGGACAGUUUUAAGGUUUGCCUCAGGGAAACGAAGAUUUUUGAUGGGCUGCAUAAAAACAUCAAGGUGGUAAGUGAAUUCCUUUUGUCACCUGUUACAUGUUUGAAAGUAGACUCACACGACAACCAAGCUGUUCCUCGCUUGCUGCAACUUACAGGGGCUGGGCUCUACCAGAACCCAGUUGUCACUGGCGCUCUACCUUUGCCCUUUGCCUACUAGGAAAUCGUAGCUUUUUUCAUAGAGAUCCUAAGUUGGGUACCCUGUGAUUUACACGGCUUCAGAGAAAUGGGCUCCCUUAUCUUAGAACACAACGUUGACAUGAGGAAGAAUAUAUUGAUAACAUUGUCAAUACUUUGUCACUUGUCCUUCAGGACUGGAUAGCAUUUGUUAAGCUGAUGACGCUGAAUUCCACCUUGAUCCAUGGCCUUGUAACAACAAAGAAUAACUCACCACUAAACAAGCAACAAAACAACGCUCUCUGUCAGGUAAAGUAACUAAUCAACUAUACUGUUUUGGUUUCUCAGUCACUUAUAUUGAUAAAUAGAAAAUCUUUCAUAAGUUCAUGGAGCUCUAAUGUUGUUAUCGUCAACUAUUUAAACAACAUAUAUCAUAUACCGCAUAUGUGUAGAAAAACUUAAGAACGCUGAUUCUUUUCUUGUCUUUUUUUUUUUUUAGAUAAUAAAGUUCACUGAUGCUUUCUAUGCUCCUCCGGUAGUAAUGGUUUCACCAAGACUCAGUUACCACAACAACAACUCCCGUUUCUCGGCUUCUGGAACUUGUAACGCAGUUACUGCGUGGAUUCAGGUAACAUAUAUGAAACUUGGAGCCAUUUUUCUUAGCCCAUUGCGUCUUUGGGCUGCCUUCUUAUCUUUUCCCUUAUAACUUACUUUUAGCAUUGUCUCUGUUUCAAUUCUUCAUGUCGUUUAAGGAGUCCAAAAAAGUUUUUUUGUUUUGUUUUUUUCCAAUUUUUCCAACCAACCUGUGCACGCCACGGUUUCGCUUUCUAAACGACCUUGGUGUACCUAGUGACAUAGUAGUUAAGGUAAGAAAAUACCUGAUGACGCUUAAUGAUUGAUAAUCUGAUACUUGUAAUUAUUGUGUCUAGCAUACCUUUACAAACGAAACCGAGGUGUGUAUGAGAAGAUACAGCAAUAACGCCAAUUAUAAGGACAUCGUACAACUUGAUUACCUGGUGAUUGGAGGUACGUAAACAAUCUAUCAAAACUUUGGUCAAGUCUUUAUGCUGCAGUGUAUUAAGUACAUUUUAUGACAUCAAUCUUUUGAAGUUUUUUAAUGGAGAGCUUUUUUUCUCUAAUUAAUGCUAUUUUUUGUUGUCUCUAUUUCUGGGAAUUGUAGAUUUGGUUGACUGAAAGAACAUGUUACUACUAUAAUUUCGUAGCAAUAAUUUUGUGUAUUGAAGAAAAUGAGAUUUUUUUAAGAAAAUUUUAAAGUCUACAUUUCUUUGGCACACUGGUUCUCCUGAUCACGAAAUUAACAGGCUCAUAUGUGAUGUCAUAAUACAAAAAUUCAAAAAUGAAAAACGCCAGUGUUGUUGCAUCUAACUGCAAUGCAUCUUAUUUACACCUUAAAGCAGUUUCAGCUUGUAAAUUGGACGAAAUUUGUGUAGAAUCUUGUAUCUAAAGUCACGUGUUCUUUAAUUUACGUGAUAGUUUCUUAAUAUACGUCAGAACCCCUUUGUUUCCGAGAGGCAUCCGAGUGAAGACUUGCACGAAUGGUGUGACAAAAUGGCGGUAAAAAUUUGAACGUGUCAAAAAAUUCUCUUUAAUAACAUUGUGUUCAAAGCAAUUUUUUUUCCUCGCACAUUCUUAUAGUAAUGUGCAUUUUCAAGUCUAAAAAAAAUAACUUUUUAAGUUAUGGGCGCUUUAAAUCUAUCUGUUGUUAUUUGCUUAAUUAUCUUCAGACUUGGAUCCCUGCAUAGACGUUACGUGUUAUUAUCACAGCUUCUGUAAGGCGUUUGGACCCCAUGAUGCACGCUGUGUAUGUGUGGAUAGCUGCCCAUCUNUAUAAGGACAUCGUACAACUUGAUUACCUGGUGAUUGGAGGUACGUAAACAAUCUAUCAAAACUUUGGUCAAGUCUUUAUGCUGCAGUGUAUUAAGUACAUUUUAUGACAUCAAUCUUUUGAAGUUUUUUAAUGGAGAGCUUUUUUUCUCUAAUUAAUGCUAUUUUUUGUUGUCUCUAUUUCUGGGAAUUGUAGAUUUGGUUGACUGAAAGAACAUGUUACUACUAUAAUUUCGUAGCAAUAAUUUUGUGUAUUGAAGAAAAUGAGAUUUUUUUAAGAAAAUUUUAAAGUCUACAUUUCUUUGGCACACUGGUUCUCCUGAUCACGAAAUUAACAGGCUCAUAUGUGAUGUCAUAAUACAAAAAUUCAAAAAUGAAAAACGCCAGUGUUGUUGCAUCUAACUGCAAUGCAUCUUAUUUACACCUUAAAGCAGUUUCAGCUUGUAAAUUGGACGAAAUUUGUGUAGAAUCUUGUAUCUAAAGUCACGUGUUCUUUAAUUUACGUGAUAGUUUCUUAAUAUACGUCAGAACCCCUUUGUUUCCGAGAGGCAUCCGAGUGAAGACUUGCACGAAUGGUGUGACAAAAUGGCGGUAAAAAUUUGAACGUGUCAAAAAAUUCUCUUUAAUAACAUUGUGUUCAAAGCAAUUUUUUUUCCUCGCACAUUCUUAUAGUAAUGUGCAUUUUCAAGUCUAAAAAAAAUAACUUUUUAAGUUAUGGGCGCUUUAAAUCUAUCUGUUGUUAUUUGCUUAAUUAUCUUCAGACUUGGAUCCCUGCAUAGACGUUACGUGUUAUUAUCACAGCUUCUGUAAGGCGUUUGGACCCCAUGAUGCACGCUGUGUAUGUGUGGAUAGCUGCCCAUCUUACAAAGAACCCGUUUGCUCAUCAAAUGGCACAACGUACGACAACAGAUGUUUGUUUGAAAGAGAAGUUUGUCUACAUCGACUAAACUUUACCGUGCAACAUCCUGGCAGCUGUGAAGGUUAGUACACUUGUUUUUGAAGCUGUUAAAAAGUGAUUUUUGUUUUUAUUAGAUUUCAGUAUUAAUCCCUUAGUGAAUUUUUCGAAUGAGCUAUUUACUUACCCAUGUAAUCUGGAGGGAAAAACGGCGAUAGAUGCAUGACUUUAUGGAAGUACAGAAUUUUACGUAAUUUUGCUAAAACGUUUUGUCAUGCACAGGAGCAAUACUAAUAAAAAUACUGUACGAAAAAGUGGCGGAUACACUUAUGUUUUAAGCAUUUUCAGUUAAUACUCAACGAAAAUAUUUGUUUUUUUAUAUAUGUAUCACUGAGGCAAAUUUGAAACUGAUUCUUCUCUCUGAGAUUGUAGUAUAGUAGUAGUGGUAGUAGUAGUAGUAGUCGUUUGCAUUCCGUACUCGGACGUAGCUCUGCCUAACAUAUCUGGAUAACGUCCUUUCCUAGAACGUUGGAUGUUCACUUUCCUUUCCUUUAGCGCUAAUAGGCCUGACCAGUUGCCACUGUGUAGCUCUGCUCAAGAUGCAAGUUCUAAUCUCUCCAUGACUGCUUGCCAUGCUAUUGACCUAAUGCAGUGACAAGCGACACAUUGUCCGCUGCGAACUUUCCCCUGGACUUCUAUGGUUGAGAGUAACAACCCUCUUUAUAAGAACCACUCAUUUGCUGCUUUGUUAACAUUUUGUAAGUUCUGGGUAAAUGCCCUUUGCUCCGCAUGCUUGUCAUACUAAUCUAUAGUUCAUUUUGAAAUGUGUUUUCUAGGAUUUCCUUUUCAGCGUGGUCGUCGCCACAUGCCACAUAUUCCAUCCUUGGGCUACUCUCACUGUCUUGCCAUUCAUUUCAAACCGUUUGUGUUUUACCCUGACAAACCCAUCCAAGUGCAGAUAACUGUCAAUCAUAUGGAUACCAGUGACAAAUCGUAUGUCCAUGACGCGGCAGUAUCGUGGGUUGAAAAUGUGAAUAACGACGGAUUCACUGCUUGUGUGAUGGCGGCAGGAUAUAACGAACGAAAGUCGUAUGCUAACGUGACAGUUGAUUGGAUGGCGUACCAAGGUGCUCCGGUAGGUGGCGUGACUGGUGAAGUGCGCAUGUCACAGUGGUGGACUGGUACGACUUGUGCGACUGUCAUGUUUCCUACAGUGAGUGGCCUUUGUUGGGUUUUCUUGUCCUUUCCAUUCUUUUCAAGAUCAUAUCUUUUGAAACGCCUCACUUCUACUGAGGUCACUCAGUUAAUAACAGAUCGUCUUUAAUAUGCAUCAGCAGUGAUUUGUCGUUCUGGUGCAGCCGUACACUUAUUACCAAUAGUCGAACAACGUCAUAGUAGUACAAAUUAUUCGUUUACCAAUUUCCAGCAUAUCACAAAUGCCCUGGGUUCCUUUUUGCAAAAAUACGAAAUUGAUUCCUGUUCGCGGCUUUCUAAGAGUUAAGAGUUUUUUUUUUUUUUUUUUUUUUUUUUAUUAACAGAGAUCUUUAUUACCACUACAUCACUUACAACACUUUCACUACAAAAUUUAAGGUUACAAAAAAUUACAAUUAAGAAUUAAGAUUCCAACGAUUAAUACAACAUACACUGCAACCAGGCUUGCUUCACGCAUACGUAGAUUAGAUUAUAAUCAUUUACAGUAAGGAGAGGAGAGGCUUCCAUUGUGAAAAAAGUUAAGAGUUGCCUAACUCGUUUUUAUUUUUCAGGGAAAAUUCUCUGUGAUACCGUCGGUAUUUGUGACUGCCAAACAUUACAAUCCAGGAUUAAAACGUGACGCAGCAAGCGUAUGGAUUGAAGAUGUCACACAAUCAUCCUGCAAAGUUUGCUUGAGAGAACUGCAAAACUACGCUGGAUCACACCAAGACGUUGUUGUUGUAAGUAACGCUAAUCUCAUGGAAUCGAACGAACAGCGUUUUUCGUUGGAAACUAAGUGCAGCAGACUGGUAUCUUUCUCCAUCUCAUCUUUUCGCUCUUUUACGCUUCCAGCAGUUGGUCCAGCAGAGAUGCACGAUUCCCGGGGGGGCCCCCCGGGGCACGAUUUUUUGCUUGAAAAUAUAUUUUCCUCCAUCUGUUUCCUCUUCAUCCGGCUUUGUCAACCCAACAAUGUUAUUGCUUUCUUGUAACCCUUGUAACCUGCUUGUAACCUAAGAUGUCGGUGGCUGUUUUAUAUAAACCUUGUUGAGAGAUUACCAUUUUAUUUUCGACGUUGACACAAUCUUUUUGUAGUUAGGACGUGAGACUGAAAAAGAAUUCUUUCUUUUUAUUGUUAUUUAUUUAUUUAUUUACUUUAUUUCAGAAUUGGUUAACGUUUUCAUAUCUUGACGAGCCUCCCUUCUCAGAACACAAUUCGAUUUACUUUUUGAAUGAUAAACCUCCCGCUCAGAGUCAUUAUAAUGCCUUCUGCAAGGUCAGUAUUCCAGUCCUUUCAUUAGUCUUUUGGGUUUCAAUUCCCGUCACAGUGCAGUUAAUUUUAUUGAAUAAAUUUACUAUCAGAGAGCAAAAGAAAACGGUUCCCCUAUCAUGUCUCUAGUGAUGGUAGUUACAUUUAAUCAGUUUAUCAGUCUGCCUGUCAUAUUUCAGUAAACAUUUAAAAUGAAAAUGAAAUAUAGAUCAUAAAUGCCCUUAUGUGGAAAAAGUCUUUACCUUUUUAUAAGGUUUUAUAAUUAUGUAAUUUCUUUUCACAGGACGCUACUUUUAAUAAAGUUUAUAACUCAACUCCACAUGUGUUUGUUUCUGCCAAUCAUUCCACCAAAAAUGGAAGUCAGAGUCCAAUUCAUAACAGCAUAGCUGAGUGGGUAGAGGUAUGUUUUUAGUUAUUUAUUUAAUUAUUUUCUUUUCAUUUAUUUUAUGAAUUUCUGUAACAUACCACUUGCAACCACACCUACAUGUGUUGUGUGGAUGUUUAAAAACCUUAUGAAAAUACGAGUGACUGUAAUUAACACUCUCUAUUUUACAAUACAGAUAGCGUUCUAUUGAGAAUAACAGCUUAUAGAAUACAAAACGUGCGAAAAACAGCACAAAAGUUAAAUUUUAUCCGUUUAAAUAACGAUCGGGCAUAACCCUUGGCUAGUAAAAUGGCCAUGAAUUAUGGAACGUCGUUAAAACUGUGUUUAAAAAAGCUGUGUAGCUGUAUAGCAGAAGGUAAGCAAAUGUUGACAAACAAAAAGCAAUGAGAAAACUAAAAUUGAUAUUAAGCAAGAGAGAAUGAGCUAAGCGUGCGAAUCCCUGUGCCCCAUGAUGAUUAUUUGAAAUAUAUUGAAAGUUCGCACGCGUGGGAUGAAGGUUCUACUUUCCCGUGAACGCGACAUAUUUCGCCUCCAAACAUUUGAAGUUUGACAGCAGUUAAAGCAAUUAUCGCAUGAGAGGUUUAAGUUGUUGACAUGUAAUAACGCGCACUCAAUUGUCCUCUUUCCUCUUCCCUUUGAAGCCCUGUCAUGCAAACUUUUUGAACAGGGUUGAUCACUUCUUAAUAUGCGUCAAACUGAGAAAUAUGGAACGUCUUCUGGUCAAGACCUACCUGAACUGUUGUAUAGUUUUUUUUCUGCUAGCAAGGGAGAAAAUACACCGUCCGCCGUCUGUGUGAACUACUUAAUGAGCUGAUAAACAUCCCUUUCUUGCAGUACAUCAACAAGACAGGCUUUCGUGCUUGUGUCAAAGAAUUAUAUGAAGCAAAAUAUGACCCAUUGUCAGUAACGUACACAGUUUUGUCAGGUACUACUGCUACAAAACUAAUCAUAAACUUCAGUACUUACCAAAUCUGUGAAUAACAAAAAAGCAAUACAAGCAAUACACAAAAGGAAUGCACAAAAACUGGAAGAAAUAAAAAAAAAAUGUAUUUGGGUGGUGAUGAAAAACAACGUUCAUCUCCUUUUCCAAAUAGAUAUUAAUGUGUAUAAUAGAGUGCUUUAUAAUACUUGCAGUUGUCUCUCUCUUACGUAUUGCCUUUAUUUUGUCCUGAACAAAAAGCUUCUGCUUUUCCAUUUCCUUUUUUAAUCGCAAAACCGGAAAUAACAAAAAUGUUCGAAGUGCAUAAUUGCACCUAAGGCUAUACAUUUAAGCAAUGUCAUUUUGCACUUCUCUAAUUCCUACUCUGUAUACGAGCAGACAUCUGUCCAUCUGGAUGGGAUUACUUCAAUGGAUACUGCUAUUUAACAAGCUCUGUAUGCGCACCUUGGGUGACUGCUGUGUCCAACUGUUCAGCAAUGAACUCACAUCUGGUAACAGUACACAACCAAGAAGAAAAUGUCUACAUUCAGCACCGUCAUAAUGGAGAGCGAUCAUGGAUUGGACUUAAUGACCGAAGCGUUGAGGGAUCAUUUGUCUGGACAAACAAGGAAAUAACCAGUUUUCGGUUCUGGGCUCCGCAACAACCAAACGACUGGAAAAACGAAGACUGUGUUCACACUCUGGGUGCCAAUGAUGGCUACACUUGGAACGAUGUGUCCUGCGAUAACUGCUAUAACUUUACUUGUGUUCAAGGUAAAAGCGGUCAUCAGGUCCGUUUUACAACUUACAUUAAAUGAUCUGUUAGUUGGCACCUGAGGUAAUCUUAUCUUCUGCAAAGAGUUGUGGUUCACUUCAAUAUUUUAUGCUAGAAAUGUAGCCAAAACGACAAAAAAACCACCCAAUGUUAGCGCGCAUGAAUGUAGUAUCAUCUUUCAGUCAUAGUUAGUAGAGAAGACUGGUUAUGAAAGCUGGCAAACGGAAUCAAAGCUUAAGAUUUUAACAUAGGUGCUGCAGUUUAUGUUGGUAGCUAUCUUCUUUUUUUCUCACAAAAUGCGAAUGAAUAAAGUUAGGCAAUGUUUUUAUCGCCUGUGUACAGAUCCCCCUUGCCCUUUUUGAGGGGAGGGGGCGUCCGUACACAGGCUACGAUUUUAUUGGUGAAAAGGAUCAAAAUGAUAGGAAUGCUAUUGAACUUUUCACAACGUCGGAUGAGUCCAAAAAAAGGUAACCAAAAAAAACAUAUACUGGUAUAAUAAAGACGUUUGUAGGGCUUCGAAGGCACUCCACUUUUAUUAACUAUUUUUCAGUUUAUGUUUCAAACCUGACCGACUAUGUCAACGUAAAAAUGGGCUCGCGACCGAGCUUAUUAGACAGUUGUUAAGGUGUCAUAACGUGAGGUGGAAGCAUUGUGUCCAGUGUUUGGUAAAAUUCAUAGAAAUUUCGCUUUUUCUUUUCAAGAGUUUUAUGAUGAAUUCAAGUUGAGAAUAUCAUUUCAGAAAAUAAGCACUUAGCAAGGUUAUCAACUAUAGAACAUGUGAGUGAAUGAAACACCGUGAUUUCUUUUAGAAAUUGACGAAUGCACAACUAACGAUCACAGAUGUAAUGUGAAUGCUGCUUGCCAGAAUACUGCGGGCUCAUACAAAUGUACUUGCAAAGUUGGAUACUCUGGAAAUGGCCGCAAAUGUGUUGGUAAGUACUGAAGUUUGCUAUAAAUGUCUUCCAUAUUUUGCCCGUUUGUUCGCAAACUGAUCAACUUAGUUGUCCUCUGUUCUGAUUUUAUUUAUAGACUAAAUAAAUAUGCUUUAUAGUGUAUACACAGAACUGUUAUGAUUUUUUGUGGUCGAAACUUUCUAAUUAGCCCUUAGUGGGUAUUUAAUCGGAAUUUUAAGCAGUAAAAGAAUAUUUGCACUAAUGUGUGGAACAACCUUUUACACGAAUUUUCAUUCCUUCAAUCAAAACAAUUACGAACUUCCGUUUGGGGACAUAUUUGUUUUGACUUUAAGAACUUCACUGGUAAUAACGUAAAAGUUUGAGUUGAUUUAAAAAAGACUCGAAAAUGAAAAUUUCACUUUUAGGCCUCAAGGUCGCCCCAAUUCAGACUGAAGGCAAUAAAAAGCCCCCAGGGGUCUGACAUGUCUGAAUGAGGAAAGUCGGGAGGAAAUGUCAAGGAAGGUAUUACCUUGUUGUUUUCGGCGCAUGAAAUCAAUGUUUUAUAAUUUUGUCUUUGUUUUUAGAAAUCGACGAGUGUAAGAGCAAAACCCAUAACUGUAACAAAAAUGCGUUAUGUAAGAACACUGAGGGGUCUUUUACUUGCACCUGCAAUCGCGGUUACAAGGGAGAUGGGAAGAAGUGUAGAGGUAUC